AUGCCGACAUGUAAGUAUCACGGUAGGACUGACCCGGAAGACCAUAUAUCGGCCUAUGAGGGGCACAUGCUGCUAUACACCGACACUGACUCAGUAUGGUGCAAGGUGUUCCCCUCUACACUGACUGGACUGGGACAUACAUGGUUCAAAAGCAUACCACCGGCAACAGUCUUUGACUUCCGCCAGCUUACAUCAAUGUUUGUUACGCACUUUGUUAGCAACAAACGCAGGGAGAAGACCACCGGCGAGCUGAUGUCGGUCAAACAGGGGGAGACAGAAAGUCUGAGAGACUAUGUCGGGCGUUUUAAUGCAGAAGCUGUCACCAUUCCUACCCUCCAGAAGGAUGUUGCCGUCCUAGCUCUCAUGACAGGACUAAAGGAAGGAACUCCCUUCAGGACAGAGGAGAAGGAUAAGGAAAAAAACCGCAAAGAUGAUAAGUACCGGAAAGACAAGAAGCCGGACACCUCCAAUAGAAGAGAGGAAAGUAACUCUGUGAAAAAGGACCAUGAAGGCAGACCUGAUAAGUACAACAACUACACUCCUCCCACGACAUCACGGGCCCAGAUAUACGAGUUGCACAAAGAUGAUGACAAGUGGUGUAGGCCUAGGAAGAUGUAUUACAAAGGCCGGGAUAAAUCAAAGUGGUGCGAAUUUCACAGAGAUUACGGUCGCAUAACCCAAGACUGCAAAGACCUCAAGGACGGGAUCGAAGACCUCAUUAGACGAGGAUAUUUCACCCAGUACCAAGCGAGGGUUGACCGAAAAUCUCCAUCUAGAGAAGAUGAAAAUGGCAACAGAAGGCCAGUCAAAGACAGGAUCACUGAAAUCCAUGUCAUCACGGGUGGACCGACAAGAGGGGGAAGCAUACAUGGUGCUAAAGCAAGCUUGAAGGAAGUCAGGCACCAGGUGAACUAUCACAAUGCCAAGAAGUGGCCGGCACCCCCAGCCAUGCCAUCUAUGGCUUUUACGGCAGAGGACGCCAAGGGCAUCGUCUACCCCCAUGACGACCCUUUGGUAGUAUCUCUGUAG